AUGGGCUGCAUUUGCUCUAAAGGAUCGAAAGAUGAGAAUAAAGUUAAGAAAGAGAAAGUAUCGAAGAAAUCUUCUAAAAGAUUCGUAUCUUCAUCAAGAAAGGACGAAGUUCUUGUAGAUGUUGAUAAUGGAGGAAAUGAUGCAACAACAAGGCUCAUAUCGGAGGAGCAUGCUGAGAAAAGUGCUGGCUCUACCCCUGCUUUGUGGGACGAGGGGCAGAAAAAGCCUAUAGUUUCUGAUAAAACUGAGGUUCCCCAUAUGCAAAGACAGGCAACAAUGGAUGCUGAAGCAAGAGGAGGGCAGCCGCAGAUGUGUAGAGUAUUUAGCACCCGAAAUGGAAUUGAUGGGGCACAAGUUGUUGCUGGAUGGCCAUCGUGGCUGACUGCCGUGGCUGGAGAGGCCAUCAAAGGAUGGGUACCUCGAAAGGCAGACUCAUUCGAGAAGCUGGAUAAGAUUGGUCAAGGGACAUACAGCAGUGUGUACAGAGCUCGUGACCUUGAAACUGGAAGAAUUGUUGCACUGAAAAAGGUGCGGUUUGUUAACAUGGAUCCAGAAAGUGUCCGUUUCAUGGCUAGGGAAAUCCUUAUUCUACGUAGGCUGGAUCACCCAAAUGUGAUGAAGCUUGAAGGUCUGGUCACUUCCAGGGUUUCAGGCAAUUUGUACCUUGUAUUUGAGUACAUGGAGCACGACCUUGCAGGACUUUCAGCUUCUCCAGCGGUUAGGUUUACUGAGCCACAGAUCAAAUGUUACAUGCAGCAACUGCUUUGUGGGCUUGAACAUUGUCACAGUCGUGGAGUCCUUCACCGAGAUAUCAAGGGUUCAAAUCUUCUGAUUGACAACAAUGGAAAUCUCAAGAUUGGUGAUUUUGGGCUGGCAACCUUUUUCCGAACCAAUCAGAAGCAGCCUCUAACUAGUCGUGUUGUUACCUUGUGGUACCGACCUCCUGAACUUUUACUUGGUGCUACAGAGUAUGGAGUAGCUGUAGAUCUGUGGAGUUCUGGUUGUAUUCUUGCUGAACUGUUUGCAGGCAAGCCAAUCAUGCCUGGAAGAACAGAGGUCGAACAGCUGCACAAAAUCUUUAAACUUUGUGGUUCUCCGUCUGAAGAAUACUGGAGGAAAUCAAAAUUGCCGCAUGCGACAAUUUUCAAACCUCAACAACCUUACAAACGUUCUGUGGCUGAUACAUUUAAGGACUUCCCGCCUACUGCAUUAGAACUUUUGGAAACUCUCCUUGCUUUUGAGCCGGAGUGUCGAGGAUCAACAACUUCUGCUCUUCAAAGUCGGUUUUUCACUGCAAAACCUCUACCUUGUGACCCGUCAUCUUUGCCCAAAUACCCUCCUAGCAAGGAGUUUGAUGCCAAGGUUCACGAUGAGGAGGCAAGAAGGCAAAGAGCUGCUGGUGGAAAAGGAGGCGGAGUUGAAUCCAACAGAAAGGGAUCUAAAGCAGUGCCAGCACCUGAUGCUAAUGCUGAAUUACAUACGUCUAUACAGAAACGGAAAGGGCAGUCAAAUCCCAAAAGCAACAGCGAGAAGUACGCUCCAGAAGAAGAUGGUGCUUCUGGCUUCCCAAUUGAGCCUUUCAGAGGAUCCUUGCAUACUGGGCAUUUAAUGCAAAAGGAUGGAUCUGGAAAUUCCUUAAAUAUUGUGGAUGGAAGGCCCCAAAUUGAUUCUCAUAAACGCUCAGGGUCCGCAGCACGACUGUCUAAGUUCUCGAAUUCGGUAGCUGCUCGUGGCUUUUCACAACUUGAUUUAAGCAGAGAGGCCAAUUCCCACUCACAGUGGCAGGAAGACCGUUUGAGUACCAAAUAUAAUCGUUUAAAUGAUGCCGAGUCCUCCCACCAUUUGUUGGGACCAAAUUCUUACAAGAAUGAUGGACGGGUUCCUCGUAAGGAGACCACAAUGGGUUAUACUCCAAAGAAGACUCGGAUCCAUUAUUCUGGACCAUUGUUCCCCGGUGGAAAUAUGGAGGAAAUGCUCAAAGAGCACGAGAAACAGAUUCAAAAUGCGGUCAGAAAAGCUCUUUGUGACAAGAAUAAGACACGGAAAGGUUAUGGUGACAAUGGACAAACAGAAUCACUCCUUGAAUGUGUGAACUUGGGCAGGUGA